GGUGUUAUGGAAAAUAUCUAUUAAAAUAAGUAUAUUUUAAACUAAUUAAAGGUUUCUUUAUUUUUGACGUGUUUUGAUGAUUGUUAUUUUACAAGAGGAAGCGGUUCUUCAUGAGGGUUCAUGAAUUUCGUGGGUCAGAAGCAAAUGCUGUAAACGGAGAAAAUUACAAUUUAAAAGAAUCUGAUUUCUUGAAUGGCACAUGUGACGAAAGCAGUAGCAGGAAGCCAUUGAGUUACAAACCAGCGUCUGAUAGUUAUGAGGAGCCAUCAUUGCAGGAUGUUUGUUCUGAAUCAAUUAAGGAGACGGGAAGACGUAUAAAAGGGAUUUCAAGGAAUCGUGUUUGUCCAAAAGAACCAGCAAAUGGAGAUAACGAUCGAUGUGAAGGUUGCCUCCCAAAUGAAAGACUCGCAGCCAAUGCGUCCCAUUUAGAAAGUCACCUAGGGAAUUUGAAUAUCCCAAAAGGUUAUGACUGCAUGGUUCAGCCUGAGAAAAUCCAAAGGGAAAAGCGAAAAGCAGGAAGACCAAAAAAGCUAUCUUAUGUUGCUGAAGACGAUUCUUCAAAUAGUUCUCAUAAAAGAAAGCGCGGUCGACCAAAAGGCUGGAGAAAGAAUCCUGAGAGAGAUGUUUAUAUAGAGAUGAUUGAUGCCCCUUGUGAAAAACGUAAUCCGAAGAGUGUGUUUGAUGCGGUUGUCGUGCCGUUAAAUAAUUGUAAGGAAACUUCAAAAGAGGAUUCUGAUAAUGAAGCUUUGAGAAAUGGGAUCCAAAGCGAAACGAACGACCAUACCUGGGAUAUUAAUGCGGAUGCCGUCGUAAAACCGGAUUCAAACUCUUCUGAUUACGAAAUGGAAGAACCCGUUCCCGGACUCACCUUCGAAUCUAUGACUACUGGCCCUUCCUCAAGUGACCUACCUAGUAGUGGUGAGCCACUGAAUAUAGCUCAAUCUGAUUCUGAGUCUGAAACCAAUUUUGGUUUUUCGGAAGAUGAUUUUGCUGCUUUAGAUAAAAUUGAACAAGAUUUCGAAGCACAUGAUUUUGUUCAAUCAAAUCAGUUUUCUUCUCCCGAUUCCAUCUCCCGUAAGAUUCUGGUCUGCGAACAGAAUGAAACCUCGCCUCAGAAAGGUGCGAAUGAAGUAAUGAAAUUGUCUAGAGGUACUACGGUGGGUAAUCGGAAAGAGAAUAAUAACAUAUUUAAUACUAAUACUGGUGGAAAAGCGAAUGAGAUUGGAAUGCGAAUACCAUCGACAUCGAGUGGUUCAAGCAAAUUUGAAAAGAAGUCGUUUGGAAAUCCAGCCAACUUAAAGUACCCAAACUUUCUAAAAAGUCCAAGGGAUAGCACUAAAUUUUUGAAUACGAGAACGAAACCUUCUGUUAGCAACCUUUUUGCUUCGAAGAACUCUAAUUAUCGAACCAAGCAGGCGCUUUUUAAGCCAUUUCGACCUCCUUUUAAAAAAGAUGCACCUUUUAAUGUGAUUGAUGAAGAGACAAAACCGACACAUGCAAGUAGUCCAAGAAGACUACACCAUGAUAACGUUGCUGCUGGGUCCCUUACAAUCAAUAAGUUGCAGUCAGAAAUAUCUACUCUACAGGAUCAGAUAUCCGUAGUUGAAUUAGCUAAUGAUUUGGAAAAUAAUCAAGAAGAUGAGAUGGGAUUACUUGAAAAAAUUCAAAGGUGGAGACGAUCGGCUCAACUGGCUGUUGAGGUUCUCUUUCCUGUAUUUUCUUUAAAAUUUACUACCAUGUUACAGGAAAUCCCAGAGUCUGUUCUUCCGAGCGUGGUAGAUAAUCUUCGUUCAAAACCAUGCAACAUUGGAACUUUUCUUGAACAAUUGGAUAUUCCUUUCUCUUUAUUAAAUUAUAAUCCGGACAGCGAUUCUUGGGGAGAUGAAGCAUAAUAACAAAUUCGGAAUGAGUUUUACGCAUAAUUUGUUAAAUAAUGAUACAAAUAAUUAAUGCAAGUUUAGUUGAAGUCAAUAUAUGUUUUUACAAUUGU